AAAAUCAACAAAACUAAUACACAAACUAAUCAAUCCGGCAUUUUUUUUGCUCUUCGUUGUGUUUGUUUAUUUAUUCGAAUUGUGGCCUGAUUUAGGCGAUAUUUUGGUGAUUGAAAGUGAUUAAAAAAGAUACCAAAAUUAAUUAUUCAAAGUAUCACAACGCUAUGUCGUUAUCGGCAAUAGCAAAACCAGUGUUGUACAGUUAUUGGCGAAGUUCUUGCUCAUGGCGAGUUCGGAUAGCACUUAACCUUAAAGAAAUCCCAUACGACAUAAAACCGAUCAGUUUAAUUAAGGCUGGUGGCGAACAACACUGCAAUGAAUAUCGCGAAGUCAAUCCAAUGGAGCAAGUUCCUGCCUUGCAAAUUGAUGGUCACACUCUCGUUGAGUCCGUUUCAAUUAUGCAUUACCUUGAAGAGACGCGACCACAACGACCACUAUUACCACAAGACGUGCACAAACGGGCUAAGGCUCGGGAAAUCUGUGAGGUUAUUGCGUCCGGCAUUCAACCGCUACAGAAUUUGAUCGUUCUAAUUCACGUCGGCGAGGAAAAGAAAAAAGAGUGGGCCCAACACUGGAUAACGCGCGGAUUUCGCGCUAUCGAAAAACUGCUAUCAACUUCGGCUGGCAAGUAUUGCGUUGGCGAUGAAAUAUCGAUUGCCGACUGUUGCUUAGUACCACAAGUCUUCAAUGCCCGACGAUUCCAUGUUGAUCUUCGGCCAUACCCCAUAAUCUUGCGCAUCGAUCGAGAAUUGGAGGUGCAUCCGGCUUUUCGGGCUGCUCAUCCAUCGAAUCAACCUGAUUGCCCUCCAGAGGCUGCCAAAUAAGUUGCCAUACCGUUUUAAGUCAAAGCCAUUUAUAUGUACUUUACAAAAGUGUGUAUUCCCUCAAAACGAAAAGAAUUUAAUUUAAAAUUUAUUCUGUAAACGUAACAUUUUAGUGCGGUAAGUCUUGUCUCUUCUUCUCUAUUUUUUUUAUUAUUAUUUCCAUUGUAUUAAUUUGUGUGGGUACAUGAUCGAUCAUCAGGUUAUUUACUCUGAUUUAUUUCUCUUUUUUUUAAUUUAAGAAACCGAGAUACUCGAACA